UAGGUUUAAUACAUAGGCUGUGCAAUUAAACCUUUAUAUUGUGAUGAAUGCCUCAUGUCUGGAUGCUUUGCUCGAAUUGUAAGAAAUUAUAAAAUCCUGAACCAAUUCCAAAGUUGCGUCUUGUGUUCUACGAAUAGGACGACCGAGCCAAUCUUGUGUUGGAAACAAAUUUUGGAUUUAAAACGAGAACACUUUUUAUCCCAAACUUUUGAAAGAAUGAAAGUUCUCCGUGUUUCCCAAUCUCCUGGCACCGAUGUUGUCACUUUGUCUCUGGAGAUCAAUGGCAAGAAUAGAAAACUCCACCGUCCCGCUGACGAAACGUUGGAGAAAACUUUCUGUCGCAUUAGGGCGACGUUGCAAAGCUCCGAUAAAAACAACAAGAAACGUAAACACGAUGAGACGGGGGGAUCCCCCAUUGAGAAACUUGAGGUUAACGUUAAACUUUUGAACCUGGAUGGUGACAAGUGUUCUUUGGAUGAGAAAUGUAAUGAAGUUUGGCAGAGGGCAUCACUGCUGGAGAUCCAGGAAGAGAAAUAUCGUGUGGUAUACAACCCACCCACCGCAACCAUGGUAAAGUUACCACCCUCGCCACUAGCCGGGAUGACAUUGUAUCCAUCUUUGCAGUUUGACUUCGCAAGCCACCAGUUUUCAAAAUUCACUUGGCUUAGAAGCUCAUUGAAUAAAAACAACAUGAAUGGGAAGAAAGGUUCGCCAACCAAGGAUAAUUGGGUCGUUGUUAGCAAUGAUAAAUUACACACCCCAAGUUUUGAUGACGUUGGGCAUAAGUUCAAGUUACAAGUUACCCCUGGUAGUGAGACCCACCCUGCCAACAAUGAUGAUGUCAUCAGUGAUGAUGUCAUAAUAGCAGAGGAUGUAUCAGGCCCUGUGUUACCAGCUAGAAGUAGCUACCUGUUCGAUUGCCGCCAUGUUCAUACAACGAAAAAAUGCAGCGGUGACACGUUCCGUAUGGUUUGUUUCAACAUACUUGCCGAUUGUUACGCAACACAAGACUUUGCUCGUAAAGAAUUGUUUCCUUAUUGUCCUGAUGACAUCAUAAAGAUGGAUUAUCGAAUACAACUCAUUCAGAAAGAACUAGAAGGUUAUCAUGGAGAUCUUAUAUGUUUACAAGAAGUGGACAGAUUUGUGUUCGAGAACCACCUAGUGUCCUCGAUGUCGCUACAAAACUUUGCGGGAGCGCUCGCAACCAAGAAACAGUGCAAGGAAGGGGUGGCCGUGUUUUAUAACAGGGACAGAUUCAAGUUAAUAUCUGUUGAAAACAAGAUUCUACAAGAGUCUCUCACCACCGACGAAGUAAACAAGGAUUUGUUGGAAAAAGUUUCAAGAAAUCAAAGUUUGAAGUCUUCUGUCUUACAAAGAGGGUCGUGCGUUCUGCUUGCUGUCUUACAAAGUGUUGAUGCUCCUCAUCGCCACCUUGUGUUAGCUAAUACUCAUUUAUUCUGGCACCCGAGGGCGCUAAACAUCCGUCUUAUUCAAAUGGGAAUUAUUCUAAACCUGGUCAAGGAAAAGAUGAAAACCACAUCGGCAUCGUUACCUGAAGGUGGCGUGGUGACUCCUAUAAUAUGUGGAGAUUUGAACAGCAAGCCUGCUAGUGGGUUAUGUGAUCUAAUGCAAGACGGGAACAUACCAACCAACCAUGCAGAUUGGUAUUCAGGGGGUAUCACGAACUAUCACGGUGGUGAUUGGUCAUUGUCUCAUGACAUGAAGUUUGUGAGUGCUUGCGGGAAACCAACGUACACGAAUUACGUCACAGGAUUUUCGGAUUGUCUCGAUUAUAUUUAUAUUGAUCCUCGGAUGCUUGGUAUUAAACAGGUGGUUCCCCAUCCACCCCAUCACCUCGUCACAAUGCACACUGCAAUACCCUGUGUGACGUCACCAUCGGACCACAUUGCGCAGGUUGUUGACCUUGGUUGGACUUGACCUGGAGUAACCCUGGAAAUAAAAAAAUAAUUAAAUUGCAUUGCAAACGACCAGUGUCUCAUUGGGUGUUUCCCCUUUAAGGAAUUAUGUGUUUAAUACCCUUUUAAUUUCUACUUAGGCAAAAUAAAACAUUGCUUCAUAA